AUGGUACGAAACAGAUGGGCCUUGUUGCUUCCAGGUCUAUUGGGCCUGGCAUUGGCAGCUUGCUCCGACAGCAGCUGCUUAGAACGACUAGAAAAUUGCGGCCCAGGCUGCGUUGCUGACUGCUCCCGGUGGUUAGCCGUCACUGUCACGCCUGCAACCAUAACGUCUACUAUUACGGUCCAGUCUAGCACCACGACUGCCACUGGACUCGCCCGCCGCCAAGAAAGCCAGGACAACCAAGGCCUCUGUCCACCCCCUCCAUUCCCCCCUUACGCCGGAGCAGUGUGCAACGAUCUAUCGGAAUAUGUCUCGGCCUGCAGCUGCAUCGGCGCCGGUCCUACAACCACCACAGUGGCCGUGCCCACGACGACAGUGACUGUGACGGCAGAUGGCAUACUCAAUCCAACGAUCUCUGGUGUUACUUCAACAACAUCCGGUAGCAAUCCUACUACCAGCACCAGUACUCUGAUUCCAACCGGGGCCUCCGCUGAAACCUCUGCUGCAUCAACUACCAGUGAUAGCCCCAUAAUCUUGACAGUCGCUCCAGUAAUACAGCCAGCCGUACAGACGCCCGCUCCUGGAAAGCGUUGGUUGCGCAGGCAGACCCCCACCGAGAGCGAACCUCCAGUCGGAGGCUUCAUUGGCGCCGACAGUUCAGAUUCAGGCUGUGCCUCUGCGCAAGAGUUUACCAUUGUUGAUGGAGAACUUACCGGCCAGGGAGGAUCUCUUCGCGCAGAUAUCGAUGCAAGCUUUACAGAGUUUGUACCCUCCUCGGGCGGCACUAUCUCUAGAACCUUUGUCGUGAUCAACUCUACCCUUCACUGGCAGAAUGAGACCUUUUCUGGAGGUGAAGCAGGAUUUUGCCAGAGCUCGGAUGGCGUGGUCUAUGCUACGUUCAGAGACGCAGAGAGCGACCUUCCAGUAGACUGCUCACCCAUCUCAAUUGUCGUGUAUCGAGCUAAUCGAUGUGUCAAUGGUGUCAUUGUACCCGACCCAGAUCAAUCCAUCACUAGCAGUGACUCCAUGACGGCAUCUUCAUCUAGCAGUGACUCCAUGGUAGCGUCGUCAUUUGAGCCUUCGUCUGCAUUUACAAGUCCAUCGACUAUCAUUUCAGUUACAAGUUCAUCGUCUAUCAUUUCAUCAAGUACCUUGCCGUCGCUAAACAACUUUACGUCAUCAACUGGCUUUGCGCCAUCGGGUACGGGACCAUUAAGCACCGCACUUUCGGGUAUCUUUCCGUCAAGUACCUUUGCGUCGAGUACCGCUCCGUACAGUAACUUGACAUCCAGCACAGUUUCAGCGGACACAGCUUCGAGCACUGCUACCCCAUCGAUAAUUCCACAACCGCCACUUUUUGGUUUCUGCCUACAGGUCGACGGUCGCAACUCCUCCCUUGACAAGCAGUUUGUCACAUCUGAAGGACUCGGGGAUGGACUGUACCUUGAAGCGAAAGGCACUUCUUCCCGCUCCCCCGUGAAGUUCACCCUCAAUCCAAUAACCGGAGCAUUGUCCACGUCCGACGGAUCCUACGUGACCAUAUCUGGCUGUCCCGAGCCCGAUGCGGAAUUCGUGUCUUUCAGUAUUGAAACUGCAGAUGCUGUGAAUGCUGCACCUGGCGACUUUAUUCUUGUCACAUGCUCACCCCGAUACUCACCGGUCAUGUCGGCUUUCGAGCUGCAGUGCUCCGCAGAUUCUGGCGAAAGUAAUUACGGACCAUUUACGGGCACUGGCACAGAUCCUGUAGAGUUGAGCAUGCUGCGCGAAGAUGGAUCGGACCUGUCGCAGUCUGUCACGCUCGUGCUCCGUUCGGGAGCAGAGUGUGCUCUCAACACUUCGGAACCUACAGUCACAUCCAUGACAAGUACCACAAUUCCGUCUUCCGUCGCUUCCGAGACUGCUUCUCAAAGUCCCCUGGACUCCUUUGAGUCUCUUCCCACGUCAGUCGAGAGCAUUCCUACAACAUUCCUAUCCGAGACUUCCUCCGAGACUAGCACAUCAGUCAUGUUGAACCCGUCUGAUGCCACUCCUACGGACAUUACAAGUAGCAGUCCAUCAAUCUCGUCCAUCACCCCUUCUGAGACUGGUGCACAGAGCUCCGUAACAUCUUCAGAGGCUGGCUCUACAUUAAUCGAAGAGACUCCCACAGCAUCCUCGUCAAUAUUUCCUUCCGAAACGAGCACUACUUCUCCUGGCAUUUGGGACCCUUCAGAUCCCCCUUCUACGCCUAUGAUAAGCAUACCUUCAUCGGCUUCGUCGACUGUUUCCUCUGAGACCGAAACUACCUCGACAUCUUCCGAGUCAAUUGUCUCAUCGACGGAAGACAUCACCCCAAGCUCGUCAACAAUUUCUUCCGAGACGAUUACGUCGAUCACAACUAUUGAAAUCGUGUAA